AUGACCAAUAAUAUAUUUUCCGGGUGUAUUCCUCUAAAACAUGUUUUCGGAUUUUGUGAAGAUYACAAAAAAAUAUUACUCAAUUGCAAUCAGCAACUGAUUUUAAAUCGCGCAUCUACCGACCUUGAUGCGAUACAUGUUGUGGGCGAAGGYGCAACMRCYGCCGUCGAUAAAAAWAARAAAAUUACAAUUGAACUGACUAAGGUGACUUGGAAGAUGCCUAUUAUCAAAGUCAGUGAAAAAGAAAAAUUAAAGUUAUUGAAAGUAUUAGAUUCUCGUAAAACACUGUCGUGUGCGUUCAGGACCUGGAAUCUAUGUGAAUAUCCGGUGCUCCCUAGGAACACAUCUCAUUCGUGGACUGUUAAGUCUAGCAGCUUACUGGAAAAACCAAGUUUUGUUUUGUUUGGAUUACUAACAAGUAGAAAAAACAAUAUCGAAACCGACGCUGGGCGGUUUGAUCACUGUCAACUAAAAAAUCUUAAGGUGCACUUAAAUUCCGAGGUGUAUCCAUAUGAAGACUUUCGAGCUGAUUUUAACAAUAAUACCACUAGCAUACUCUACAAAGCUUAUACAGACUUUCAAAAAUCGUAUUACGAAAGAGAUUAUUGCGAACCAUUGUUAUCAAAACAUAUUUUUCAAAACUAUGUGCCAAUCGUCGUUGUUGAUUUGUCGUACCAGAAUGAUAACGUGAAAUCAUCGACCGUGGACCUACGAAUAGACUUUGAAACGGACACAGUUAUUCCAGAAAAAACUGCAGCUUAUUGUUUAAUACUACAUGACCAGAUUAUAACUUACAAUCCGUUUAGUGGAGAUAUUAGAAAAUUAUAA